GUGCAGCUCGAGCUCGAGGCCGUGGGAAAGCAGAUUCGCGACCUGGAGGUGAGGCAGGCCCAGCUGAGAGAGCGGAGAGCCGUGCUGGAAUCAUCCCGGGCUGACGCUCACAAGUCCGGGGCCCGGUGCACCCAGGACGCGAUCUUCCCAGAUGUCCUUCACUGCGACGCCGGGACACCACGGACCCUGGGUGCAUCCACAGCGGAGGACGCGAGCCGGGUCCCGGGCGACGACUUCUCCCCCUCCUGCCUUCGACAUCUCCAUCCGGAACCGCUUCGCUCCCCUCCGCGAGACAGGACGCAACGCUGUGAUCAUCGGAGACUCCAUCGUCCGACACGUAAGUGCUACGUUAGCCGAAGGUAAAGUGCACACUCAUUGUUUGCCUGGUGCUCGUGUUCUCGAUGUUUCUGCGCAGAUACCCGCGAUCCUGAAGGUCGACGAGAGCCCCAGAGCGGUCGUGCUUCACGCCGGGGUUAACGACACCACGCUGUGGCAGACGGAGACGCUGAAGAGGGACUUCAGCAGCCUGAUCGAGACGGUUCGCAGCACGACGCCCGCGGCGACGAUCGUCGUGUCAGGACCACUGCCCACGUAUCGACGAGGACACGAAAGGUUCAGUAGACUUUUUGCUUUAAAUGAAUGGUUGUUGUCAUGGUGUAAAGAACAGAAACUGCUAUUUGUUAAUAACUGGAAUCUUUUCUGGGAGCGUCCUAGGCUGUUUCGCGCUGAUGGAUUACACCCCAGCAGAAUCGGAGCGGAGCUGCUCUCUGACAACAUCUCCAGGACACUUCGCUCCAUGUGA